GCAACGGAGGGGCACAAGCAGGAAAUCCUUUUUGUGGAUGAGGAAUCAAGUGAAUUUAUCGCCUUGCAAGUGCAAGGCUUUUUCAAACUCUAAGCUGGUGCCUAGGAUGAGAGGGUGAGGGGACCCCCCCCCCGUGGAGUGUACGCACAAUGUCCGAGUUCGCAACGGAGAAGAAAGGGAAGGAAGCCAGUCUAGCCUUACAGUCGUGCCCUGAAGCUUGUCGCCUAGCGCCGCCCGGCUGGUUUCCACAACUCGCUAUUUGGUCCGCCGCUACAACAUGACAACGUGUACAAUUCUAGACAUUGCAAGACUAUUAAAGUCACGGAUAUAACUUCAUUCAAAUAUGGUUGACGAAGAGGGAAAUGUGGACAUUUCGUUCAGGAAUCGAGUGUUAGAGAAUCUGUCAGUAUUUAAGUCCAAACUGACAGAAAUUGAAGCGAACGGAAGGACCUCCAGCACCGAAGUUUGGCAUGAACCCCGGCUGGACAAACGAAAGAUAUAUGCACGUAUCCGGUGUAAUGUCAUCUCUGUUGGGGAAAUUGACACCGUCAAACAGCAGUUUGAUGCAGAGAUCUUUCUAGGAGUAAAGUACAAAGAACCAGAGUUGAAGGGACUCACUAGAGAGGAUGUGGACUGGGAAAAGAUGUGGUCCCCCAGGAUUGUCUUUGCUAAUGCCGAAGCCAUUCACUCACUGGAGUGUAAGCACCGGAUCCUGGAUCAUUCGGACGAGGUGGAAGGGGUGCCUGACGCCUAUGUGACAUACCGAAUGAAAGCAACGUUUAAGACCUUGAUGGACCUGGUCGACUUCCCUGUGGAUUUCCAGAGGUUAACAAUCAAGCUAAUGUCUGACUGGCCGGAGGUAGACGUUGAAUUUGUCAAAGACAUGGACAUCAAAGACUCCAUUCGUAUGGAUGUGUUUUCAGGCUGCCAUGAGUGGGAACUGUGCCCUGUUGUAGCAGCCACCCCAAUUAGAGGAACCAAGCUUCACACAGGAUCUCAUCGGGUAUACCCCAAAUACCACCUGACCAUGUACGCCAAGAGGAAAGCUCUCUACUACUUCUGGAAUCUAGCUUUAGUGCUGAUGCUAAUUGUGUGCCUGUCCUUCGCAUCAUUUGCCGUGAGUGCUGACCAACCAGAAGACAGGCUGAGUGUGACCUUAACCCUGCUUCUCACUGCCGUAGCCUUCAAGUAUGUUGCAGCCCAAGCCCUGCCACCGAUCUCAUACCUCACACUCCUGGAUAAGUAUGUGAUAUUCUGUUUAGUAUUCCAAUGUACCGCAGUGUGCCAAAAUGCAGUGGCGUCGGCCUUUGCUACUCCAGACAGCAGAGCUUUAUUUGAUGCCAUCUCAGCCUACUGUAUGGUUGGUCUUUUGGUCAUUGUCCAUGUUGGUGCUGUAAUCUACAUGUGCAUUGUCAAGAGGAGAUCAGACCAUAUUAUACAAACAGCAGUCAAGGAAUAUGAGGAGCUGAAUGCUAGAAUCAACAAGAACCGGGAAGUACGUCUAGCCCAGGCAAAGAAAGGAAAUGACAAACAGACGGCAGAGGUGAGGAGCAAGAGAGGAAAUAGACUCAAGAAGAACAAGGUCCAUUCUACUCAAGAGAACCAGGAGUCAACUGACAAGGAAGACAUCGGCUCAAGCUGAGCUUAUGGAUCACUGAAUUACUUUGGACACAGAAAUUCCUACACGCUGUAAGUAAUGUUACGUUGUUGACACCCUACGAUCAACGUAUCGACCGUAGCAUUUUUCUAAUGAUGAUUUUUCCAUUGAAUAAGGGCACUAAAGCACUGUGCCUUUGGACUGUAUUUGUUCUCCUCUUUAGGUCGAUAUACAUGUAAAUUAGUGACUGUAAAACCAAGAGUUUUUAGGAGUUCUUACCGUGGUUCACAUACAAGUUCUACUUUUUCGUGAUUGUGUUCCUUCACAAGAUUUGCCGCGAGUGACAGAGCUGCAACUUCGAUACUUGUGCGACCAAAUAAUGUAAUCGCAAAAAACAAUGGUUUGCUUCAGUUGGUUCGACUAAUCUGAUUGCAUAGGUUUUCUGGUAGACAUUAUGAUGUUGUUUUCUCACAAAAUUGUCUAGUUUAUUUCCUCAACUCUAAAAAUCUUCACCAAGAUCAUCCAAAGUGUAUAUUUGGUAAUUUUCCCCUGUUGCCGCUUCCACACACACGCACUUCAAUUAGUUCUGAUUAUCUAAGAUCUCCCAGGAGUCAAUAUUGUCCAAGUAAUUGACGCUUUCUCCUGAAGUACCCUUGAUUUUCAUUCUACACAAUACGAUCAUUACUACCUGCCUAGGCAGCCAACCAACCAUUGUCUAGGGAUUGUCUCUGAUCGACGCUCACUUCUGGCCAGGCCCCAAUUGUUAUUAUUAUUUAUUAUUUAUUUGGCAUUACUCAAAUCAGGGCCAAUGUGCACCAUAAUUUUUACCCAAACGCCUUCUAUAUUCACACAUUUCCACUGGUUGUGUCAUCGUUUCCUUAGAAAAAGUCAACUUGUGCCAGACUUUCUGACCCUAUGAUAUUCAUAUUCCUAUUUAUCCCUUACAAAAGGUCAUCCUGUACCAUAAUUUGUACCUGACCCAUCAUUCAUAUGAAUAUGAUCAUAUUAUUUUGCUUAUGCACAUUCAUGUGACCUUUUCAUAUUUCUAACCCAAAGGUCAAACUGUACCAGACAGGCCCCCUCAACUACUGGCAUCUAUUUUUUCUUUUCCUUUUUUCAAGUCAGUAUAUCGUUGGAAAAACUACUCCUUAAAGACUUCUUUCAUUGGGAUGGAUGAACUCCCUUCAAUUUAUUUUACCUGAUAAGUAAAUUGACCAUUCUACAGCCAAUUUCAGUCUGUAGACUGUCAACAAAGAAAAUCAAAUCACUUUCUGACAUGUCAUCUCUAUGCUGCUGAUAGGUACUGGUAUGUUGUCUCACUUUUGGUCCCUUUUCUUGGCAGAAAAUUGCUCUUGAGCUCCAAAAUUGUUACACUUUUCCUGGUGAAACAGUUAAGCAACUUCCGCUCCCUCCUUUUUAUGCAUCUUAUGUCAUCUUCUUUGAUGUCUCUAUUUUAAAGUGCUUCUUUAACCCUAACUCCCUAGGGUGUGUGCAAAAUCAUAUUGAUAUUGGAGGAUUCAGGACUGUUAGGGUUAAUGAUGGUGACAUUUCAUAUGAACUAGCUUUGGAAACAUCCCCUUCUUAAUAGGGAUUAAACACAGUGGCAUUAUCUUGAGAAAUUAUCAUAUGUAACCAUGGAGGAAGGACACAGAAGGAGUUGUAACUCAUGCACUUCAAAGCGUCCAAUGAUGGUCGCUGCCGA